AGCUGAGAUUCGUUUCUCUACCGCCGAUGGCGCUGAGAUAGAAAAUCUUCAAAUCUAGUAUGUACUAGUUGUGUACUUACUGUAAAUACUUGUAUACUUUACCGUAUGUACACAUAGUAUGCAACUGCAAUACGAAGCUCUAAUGAUUUUAUCAUAUGUAUAUAACAUUUUGAAAUUUAAGAAAUGGGAAUUUUUUUUCUUCAUUGCAGUUAUACUUGGUAUAAAAUGGUCGAAAAUUAUUACGUUUCGACCAGAUGUGAACCAUUUAACAGAAUUACAUAAAUGUCCGGCAUGUUUCGGUACUUCUGCUUGUGGUUAUACCGAUCAAGUGGAUAUUACACCGUAUAAUUUAUAUUCUAUAUUUUCUUAUUUCUUUGGAGCAAAAAAUGUUUUUUUCGGUCGUCUAAAUGAGAAUGAUAUUGUAUUAAAAAAGUUGGCACAUUCGUUUGAAUUAAGUAAAUUUGACCAAAUGCUUUGUGAAAAUAAAAGUUUCUCCCAUAUUUGUACGAGCAAUUUAAAGAAGUCGAUAAACGAAGUUAACAAUGUAGAUUUUUAUGAACUCAUUAAGCAAGAAGUUGACUUAGAUUUUACGAAAGAUAACUUGAGUCGUUUAAGGGUUUGUCCCAAUGGGCAACAUUUGAGUAAUCUUUUGCAACAAGUAUAUCUUAAUAAUGAAUAUGUUAAUAAACAAACUCUUAAUGUUAAUAUUUGGACAUUAAUCGUUCUUAAUCCCGAACCUCUGCUUCUUCAGAUAUUAUCCGCAGAUGAAAAUUGGCCAGUACCAAGGUAUUUAGGUGCAUGUGGGCGUAUUAUACUGCAAGAAUAUGUUGGUUUACCAUUAAUGAAUUAUUAUUAUAAACCAUGGUUGCUAAGAGCUCGAAUAGUUUCUAGUCUUCUAAAUGGUGCUUACGUAUUUACAUUUCAAAGCGAUGACUUUGGCUUUUAUUUAACCGAUAUAUCGGCUGAUAACAUAGCAGUCGAUUCAAAUAAUAAUGCAAAAUUCAUCGAUUUAGAAAAUGUAAUAGUUGUAGAUAAAAAUUUUAUACCCGAAGAGAAAUUAGAAACAUGGAAUCAGUUACAAGAAAAUAAUGAAAAUUUUUCAUGUUCAAAAUGUUUAAUAUAUUCACCUGCCGAUAUAUGUAGUCACAGAAUUAGCGAUCAUAAUUAUUAUGCAAUAUGCAAGAUGUUUUUAGAGCCUGAUACAAAUGAUAAUUUGUUACCUAGUGGUUUUUUGUAUAACAUACCUGAAAAUAUUCAGAAAGCCUAUCCAAACAUACAAGAUUUAAUAAAACAAUGCGUUAAUCCUGAGAAGCCGUUUACCAGAAUAAUUGCUGGAAUACAACUUAAAGAAUUAUUAGAUACUAUAAUCGAGGAUAAAAACGCAGACACAGAUUGAUUGAAUAAGAAAGUUUAUAAUUAUUAACAGUGAAAAAAAUGUACAAAACAAUAAUACAAAAAUUGUAUAUAAUGUAAAAAUAGUUUGUUUCAUGUUACAUAAAUUUAUACAAUGUUCAAAUAGUCUUCAUUUGACAGUCAAUAGAUUAUGAUUAAUGUUAAUUA